AUGCUUCAGAUGUGUAUUCUCGAUAGGGCAGAAACUUGGGAGAAGCAUUUACCGUUUGUCGAGUUCUCGUAUAACAACAGUCAUCAUUCGAGCAUAAGGAUGCCGCCUUAUGAAGUGUUAUACGGAAGGCCAUGCAAAACGCCUAUGUGUUGGACGGAAGUGGGCGAAAGAAGAAUGUUUGGGUCACCUAUCGUUCAGGAGACCAUGAUUAAGCCGGAGACGAUUCAGGCCAACGUGACGAAGGCUCAGGACCGUUACUGCACAGAAGGGAAGGACCGAUUUGGCAAGGUCGGGAAAGUUGCGGUCAGGUUGAUUGGCCCGUACAUGAUCAUCGGCAAAGUUGGUGAGGUAGCUUACCGUUUGGAUCUGCCAGAGGAUAUGCGUCUACAUCCCGUAUUCCAUGUUUCCAUGCUUCGGAAACAUAUACGGGAUCCAAGUACUGUUGAACCCGAGAGACUAGAGGAGUUGAGGACAAACCUUACGUAUCUGGAAGGACCAAUCAGAUUGGGAGAACGACGUAUUCGGAAGCUGAAGAAUCGUGAGAUUGCUCAAGUACAAGUGUUCUGGGGAAGACGAAACAGUAUUCAUGUUACUUGGGAAGAUGAGGCGCGAUUUAAAACCGAUCACCCUGAGUUCUUCCGUGAGGAUGCUGUGAUGGAAGAAGGAGGCCCCUCAGAACCUUAG